AUGCCGUGCGAUACAGUCAUCCUGGUAGCCACGUUAAUCCAUGCCGUCAACUCGCGGCAUCUCCAUGCUCUAGGCGGAGGUUCGGCGGCAUUACCCGUACUCACCCGGGUAUAUCAUGAUGGCAUGGCCCACUACGCGGUUACACUCGCCCUGAGACUUUGGGGAGCAUUCUCGGUGAUUAUUCCUCCCACUCCUUAUAGACUCGCACCCGAGGUGUUUGUCUUGGCCUUUACCAGCAUUGUGGCAUCGCGGUUCUUCCUUGGACUUCGGAAAUCCAUCUCGCAAAUGUCAAGGCAGGCCCUUGGACUUUCAGAGACCGGUAUAGAUACCUUUCUCCUGUCCCGAGUUCCUCCCAGCCGCUCGCUAGCGUGGACUACGACUACGUCGACAGCGGAUGUCGCACCCACACCUCGGUCACAACCCAGGGUCGGUUCACCUUGGGACGCAAAAGUCGUCAGAAGCCACAUUCGAGGCGACGAGCAUUCCAUCCUCGAAUACAUGAAGCUACAAGGUGUCCCGAUGAACAGAGUUUGCCUUCUGGAUCCGAGAGGAAGCAAAGAGUUAUCACCAGAAGACGGUAGCGAGUUUGAGUGGUUCCUUUUCGGGGGUAUCCUUGGCAUGUCGGGCGAUGAUCCACCUCGGGAUCGCACAGGAGAGCUCCGUGCCCUCGGGUUCGCUGGACGGCGACUGGGUCCAAUCCAGAUGACAACAGAUACAGCUCUUGGCGUCACCAAAAUGAUAGUUCAGGAUCAAAUGACAAUGGAGACAAUUCCGUUUGUGGAUCACCCUACAAUCAAAUUCUCAAAGACAGAGAGCGUCGAGAUGCCAUUUAGGUAUAUUAUAAAGGAAGGAGAGCCACUACUACCUGGAGGUAUGAAGCAACACCUUUACGAUGAUUUGAACAGAGGAUUCAACGAUUAG